UGAUUGAUAUCGGUUCCUUGAUCGCGAGGUCUAGUCGCGUCUCCAUCCCGCGAAAGACAGCGAGUUGAAGCGGCAUCAGCGCCAGCUCCUAUGGCCGUCUCCCUCCCAUCUGCCGCCAUACCUUGCGCCGCUCGCGUUCCCACCCCGGCGCCAGCAUGCUCGUCUUCGUGUCACGUGUCCCGUCGCCCAUUUUCGCAGAAUUCGCAUGCGUCGCUUUCUUUGCGUUUCAAGUAUGAAGAUCAUCGCUGGUUGAUUGGUCUGCGAACUCGCGACGGCGUUGACGAUGGUGAAAGGCGACGGAGACGGCAUGUUGCUAGGCUUUCCCUGUCGCAAGAUGCCGCGUCGUUUUUUGGCGAUAACGAAUUUGUUAUUAGCGAGGAUACAGUCGACGAGGAGGAUCCUUUUGACCCCUUCGCUCCGACGGACUUAUCUGACGACGACCACGUGUCCCUUGCUGAGAGCAUGCGCGAGCUAGACGAUCAGCUUUCACGCCGGCCGUUGGAUCUAGAUCCCGCCGGCUACUUCAUAAUCUACGUGGACCGCGAGGGUCAGUGCCUCGUGGCGCAGCACUACGGCAACCUCAUCGACGAUAAAGGGCGCGCUUGCGACCCUGCAACGGGAAAAGUCAUUCCCUGUGAUGGGUCAUACAAACCCACGCCCCUCCGCGUUUACCGGGGCCGAACAGCUAAGGAGGUCAGUGUGUUGAUCUUAGAGCAGUACUUCGGAUCAGGGGGGGAGAGCAAACGAGCAGCAGCAACUGCUUCAGUGACUACUGCAGAAGGGGUUUCAGCUUCGUUACUGUCACAAAUGCCACCUGUCACAAUGCUGAACCAUGCAAAUUACCUGGGGAGGGAACUGCAAAGGGCAGAGGCAGCGCUGCUCAAUGGUGCAGAAUACAUUCAAGACUAAAGUUCUGCUGGAUUUCGUUUGUGAGAUGGCUUCAUCAAAGAUAAUAUGAGGAAUGUGCCACAUAUGCAUCUAUUACCAUUAUAUAAUUAUCUUU